AUGAAGCGAAGUGAAUCAGUGGAUUAUAAUAUAAGAAGAGCGCACGCGAGCGGCAACACGGGAACUGGAUCCCGGGCCCGAGAACCAGACCCUCCAUCUGAUCUAGUGAGGAGGACGUGCCUCUUCAAACUACAUAAAGCAUCUCUACUACUACCUAUUAUCUACACACCAGUUUCUAUUCCCUGGUGCCUCCAGUCUAUAUAUCCUCUGUUCUGUCUCUCAUCCUCAUUGUCUCCGACCCUGGCGGCGGCUGAUGUGUACUAG